UUUUGGCCUUAUCCAAAAUCUUUUUUGUGGACAGACUCUGUCUUAGGCCAAUCUCUGUUUCUCUCUGUCCAGAGGGAAAAUGGCAGCAUCAACGGUACCACUUCCUUGCUUCAAACUCCAUCAUCAACCCUAUCUCCUCCAUGGCUGCAACUACUCAUCUAAUCAAACACUCCUCAGAUUCAACUUUUCACCUCCAAAACCUCUAUACAUCUCUAGCUCCCGGCGAUUCAGAGUCCUGCCAGAGACCAUCACCGCCAAAUUAGAAGAGGAAGUGAAGGAUGAGGAGAAGGAUCAGGCAGCUGGUGAUCUUGAUCCUCCUGCAGCUGUUAACACUAAGCUCUACUUUGGGAACUUGCCUUACAAUGUUGACAGUGCAACUCUGGCUCAAAUCAUUCAAGAUUUCGCUAACCCUGAGCUUGUUGAGGUUCUUUACAACAGAGACACAGGACAGAGUCGUGGAUUCGCCUUUGUAACGAUGAGAAAUGUCGAAGAUUGUAACAUCAUCAUCGAUAACCUCGAUGGAACUGAGUAUCUUGGUCGGGCUUUGAAGGUGAACUUUGCUGACAAACCAAAGCCUAACAAAGAACCUCUGUAUCCAGAGACAAAGCAUAAGCUGUUUAUUGGUAACUUGUCGUGGACUGUAACUUCUGAGUCAUUAGCUGGAGCGUUUAGAGAGUGUGGAGAUGUGGUUGGUGCUAGAGUUGUGUAUGAUGGAGAUACAGGAAGAUCACGGGGUUAUGGAUUUGUAUGCUACUCUUCCAAAGCAGAAAUGGAUGCUGCACUUGAAUCGCUUGACGGAUUUGAGCUGGAGGGUCGGGAGAUUCGAGUGAACCUGGCUCAAGGCAAGAAAUUUUGAUAUCAUACAACAACAUUGUGGAAUCAUUCUUGAGUUUUAUUAUACAUUAGAGUUAUGUUUAAACUGAACUAAUUAACUCAAAUUCAAUAAAUUUUUAUGCUUGUAAGGUGUUGGUUAUAAGUUAUAACUAGUCAGUAGUAAUCUAA